CACACCGUACACACAUGGUGAGGCGCCCGGCGCAGGGUGAGGGUGUGGUGCAGGCUGGGUGUCGGGGUGGCAGCGUGACAGGUAAGGUGACGGGGCUCCCCACUGAGGUAGCUGGCCGGCGCCCCCUCGCCCAAGCGUUCACGGGACGGAUUUGGCCGCGAGGUGGCUGGCAGAGUCGGCGAGGACGGGUGGAGGCGGCUUGGCGGCGGCAGCAGCGUGGCAGUGUGGCCCUCGCCAGUGUCCCUGACGGUCGCUUAUGUUCUCUCGUUCGUCGCCAUGUUUUCGUGGCUCAGUAAGGACGACGCUAAGAAGCGUCAGUUACAAAUGUGCGAGACGGUGCUCGAGGGACUCAAACUUGUCUACAAAAGCAAACUGCUGCCCUUAGAAUCCCACUAUAAAUUUGAGGACUUUCACUCCCCUCCCCUGAGUGACACGGACUUCGAUGCCAAGCCCAUGAUACUGUUGGUGGGGCAGUACUCCACCGGCAAGACCACCUUCAUCAGAUACAUCCUGGAGAAGGACUUCCCGGGCAUCAGGAUCGGGCCGGAGCCGACGACGGACAGCGUGGUGGUGGUGAUGCACAACCAGCGCGAUGGCAUCAUUCCUGGCAACGCGCUAGUCGUCGACCCUAACAAGCCAUUUCGUCCAUUAAGCAAGUAUGGCAACGCCUUCCUAAACCGCUUUCAGUGUUCCUAUGCCAACUCCAACGUGCUCAAGGGCCUCACCAUUGUGGACACUCCCGGCAUUCUGUCAGGGGAGAAGCAGCGUGUUGAUAGGGGCUACGAUUUCCACUCUGUGUUGGAAUGGUUUGCCGAGAGAGUGGACCGCAUUAUCCUGCUGUUUGACGCGCACAAAUUGGAUAUAUCAGAUGAGUUCCGAUGCUUCCUGGAGAGACUGAGGGGUCAGCACGACAAGAUAAGGAUCGUGCUGAACAAAGCAGACAUGAUCGACCAUCAACAGCUGAUGCGAGUGUAUGGGGCGUUGAUGUGGUCGCUGGGCAAGAUUCUCAAUACGCCUGAAGUGGAGAGGGUGUACGUCGGCUCCUUCUGGAAUCAGCCUCUCAGAUACGACAUAAAUAGGACACUGUUUGAGGCAGAGGAGCAGGACCUUUUCACUGACCUCCAGGCUCUGCCCCGCAACGCCGCCCUCAGGAAGCUCAAUGACCUUAUCAAGCGGGCACGGCUGGCUAAGGUUCAUGCGUACAUCAUCUCGGAACUGAAGAAGGAGAUGCCGUCCAUGUUUGGCAGAGAGAACAAGAAGAAGGAACUCAUCAAGGACUUGGCUUCCAUCUAUGAGAAAAUCCAGAGAGAGCACCAGAUAUCACCUGGAGACUUCCCAGAACUCAAGAGAAUGCAGGACCAGCUUCAGCACCAUGACUUCACCAAAUUCAAUGUGAUGAAGCCCAGACUACUAGAGGCGGUGGACAGAAUGUUGGCCGAGGACAUCGCACGCCUCAUGGCCAUGAUUCCUGUGGAGGAGGCGUCAGUCAACAAGGAAGGAGGCAUUGUGCAUGGAGGAGCCUUUGAUGGAGUGAUGAAUGACAACACAGUGUUUGGCUUUGGGCGAGGGGAGGGAGCCGAUGCAGGUGCUGGUGAUCCUGACUGGAUAGUGGCCAAGGACCGCUUUAAGUACGAUCAACUCUUUGACACUCUGAACCCUGUCGACGGCAAAAUCACCGGAUCAUCUGCCAAGCAAGAGAUGUUGAAGUCCAAACUCCCAAACUCAGUGUUGGGGAAGGUGUGGAAGCUGGCUGAUGUGGAUAAGGACGGCAUGCUGGACGCGGAUGAGUUUGCAUUGGCAAUGCACUUGAUAAAUAUUAAGCUUGACGGCAAUGACCUUCCACCUGAGCUGCCACUCCACCUGAUGCCCCCUAGCAAGAGAGGCUUUCAGGCCUAGAGGAGGUGGUGGGACUGGGAGACUGUGGAAAUUUUGUAAGAUUGUCUUCUAUUUCUGGUAUUGUUUGGAAUAUGUUGGGUUAAAAGCAAGGUUAUUAUCAUUAUUAACUAUUACUAGUAACCUUAGGGUACGUUUGUGGAAAUUGAACGACCUGUCAUGUUUUAGAUUUUGUACAUUUUUUCAUGUCUAAUUGUGUGUGUACUUGUGUGUGUGUGUGUGUGUGUGUGUGUGUUUUUGUGUGUGUGCCUGUGUAUGUAUGUGUGUAUGUAUUAAUUUUCCCUUUCUUAUUUAUUUAUUUGAUUUUUUUCAUCAUAAGAAGAUUAUUAUUAUUAUUUGUUUGCUUCAUAUGUUUUGAAAAGAAAAAGUAGGGGAUAGCUUUUUGUAUUAUGGACGAUAGAUUUUGAUUGAAACACUGAUGAUGAUGAUGGUGGUGGUGGUGGUGGCAGUGGGACAGUAGAUAGUGUGUGUGUGUGUGUGUGUGUGUGUGUGUGUGUGUGUGUGUGUGUAUGUAUGUGUGUGUAUGUGUUUGUCCGGGCAGGGUAGGGAGGGAGAGGUGUGCCAGUGUGAGGGGAGGGUGUGGAUGGACUUGCCAAAGGGUAUUGGAUGACUUCUCUUUUCUAUAGAAAAAAAGAAAAAUUUCUGGUUUGCCUGUUUAUGAUAAUUCCAAAAUCUGACAACCAAAAUCUAUACUAGAAGGAUGCUGUUUGAUGUUAAUGUUAGGACAAACAUUAUCAUUAUCAACUGUGGGAUAUUAGAAGUAAAUGGUUAAGACAUUAGUAUAAAUAACAUAAUUCUGAUAAUAAAAACUGAUAAUGUUAAAAUUCUGACAACCUAGAAAAUAUUAAAAACUCAAGUAAUUACUAAAAUAUAACUCUGGGGCACAGUCAUGUCUUAACUGAGCUGACUGCCAACCUUCACUAGCUCUGCCUUGCCAUCCUCCCUCCCUUCUCCCUCCUUACCCCCAAAGUUGUCCCACUCACCCAGACGUUCUGCUCCUUGUAUGGAAGUGUUUUUUGUAAGGCUGGACUUCUUAUUGUUUUGUAUGAAGAUUUUUAUUACAGAUUUUUUGUAGCAUGUAGUUAUAUUAUGAAACACUACUGAAGUUAGUUGAAUCAAUUUUUUGCAUUUUUUUCAGUCAUGCAAAAGCAAAGACCAUGUUCAAAUUCUGCCAUGAAGACAUUUUUCUCUUUCACCGACAUUGAAGGCUCAGCUGAUCUUAUAUCACUUGUCACUUACUAGUUAUUGUGUCAGUUAUUGAACGUAUUGUGUAUUCUCAAGCUUUUUUUUUUUUUUUUUUAUCUUGACUGCUUCUAACAGGCCAGAGUAUAAGCAAUCAGGGUUUUAAGUAGUGCUUUCUGCAUCAUCAGUAGGAAAAUAUCUUGAAAAUCCAAUUAAUUAUCUCAGUUAUCUUGAAAAUAGUCUAUAUGUGAGGUCAAAAGGCUUAAGAAUGCAAGCCUCAGUCACACACAGUUCUUAGCAAUGUUUCAAAGCUUAGUGUGUGCAUGCCAAGUGGUUGCUCUCAAAAACAGUUACAUGUGCUGAUUACUGCCAGGCGAUUGAAUGCAGCACCUUCAACAACAGUAAAACCCUGCCAAAUUUCCUUGUGCAUGUUAUAGAGUGUGGCUGUGACUCAGUACUAGAUUUGAACAUCUCAUCCUCCACUUGUAAAGCUGUUUUGAGUUUCUGAUUUUUCAUUUAAAAAGAAAUUGAGAGAGAGAUUGAUAAAAGGUCAUAUAUAGUAUGACAACCCUUUGACUGAUGAUAACAAAAGUGUGACACUUUGCUUUGAGUAAUCUUUAACUUUUCCUGAGCAAAAAAUGGUCACCAUAAAGGUCUUGAAUCACCUUAUCUCUCCUUUUAUUCUCAAAAUUGCUUUCCAAAACUACAUAUACGUUAAAUUUAUUCAUUAAAUUUGAAGAGGUGUAGCAGUUAAUGGGUUAAUAAACUGGCUAUUACUAAAAGCAACAUCAUUUUACAGCUGUAUCUAUAAUUUCUACUUAAAUUGAAAGAAUACUCUGAGGAAUGCAAAGUGUGUGAUACUGAUGUCUAGUACUGUAUUCAAAACAUUACUGCUCAACUAUUUACAAAGAACAGUGCAAUGUUGCUAUCUACAUACAUUACAUUUUAUUGAAUUUAAAGUUAUGUUUCCCAAGGUGCCUGUGUAUUUUGAAGACUACUGAAUGUUUAAGGAACAUAGUUUCAUGAAGAUUCAGAUUCAGAUACUUUAGAAAAAGGUAUAAAGGUAUGGGCAAAGAAACUUGAAGACAAAGUAACAAGAAGUAAUGUCAAGAUGAGCCUUCCCCCACUGCUGCCUAAAUGUUGCCUGGUUUUGACUCGGUAAUCUUCAUUCAUCAUGUAACUUGAACAUGUUUUGUAAAUGUUAUUUAUUGAUAUGUGAGUGUUUGUUGAAGGAUAAAUAAAGAUGAGCAAUGCUAUAAAAGUUUGCAUGAUAUAUGAAUCUAGAAAGGAACCAAGUACUGUAAGAUGACACAGUGACAGAGAUGCACUUGCAACUCUUCUGAACAUAACACUAAGGGACUGAUGCACUUGUUCACUAUAAUAUGUACUUACAUGACAGCUGUUGAAAGAGCUAAAUAUAUUCAUGCAGACUAAGGGAUAAGAAAGUGAUGACUAGUGUUUGAUUUGCUAAUUAAUGUCAUUUUCACAAGGCUUCAUUUUUUUUUCCAUGCUGUAACUAAACAAGUUAUAAACAAAUGGUGAACUUAAUAUUUGUUGAUUCAUGUUUUUUCUUUAUGUGUAUUUUCAUGCAGAUACCUGGAAAAAAACAAUGGAUAUAGUAGUUAUUCAUUUGGAAUUGUAAGAUAUUUUCUAAAACUUUCUUGUGUGUAGUAACUGAAAGAAAGGGAAGCAAUUGAGUAGUAUUUAUUGACUGAAAUUUUCAUUUGUUUUUAUUCAAUAUAUUCAUGGAGUAACAUGGAAAACAAACUUAACAAGCUUAUUUAUUUUUACACAGAAAAGAAAAAAACUGAAUUAUUAUUCAUUGAUUCUAAACUUUUCAUUCAACUAUUUAUAAUGAACCCAGUCCCCAAGAGGCUAGAAACCUAUACUGCUGAUUGAACGAGUCAGAGAGAAACAAUCAUGCAUGGAGGUGGAGGAGCAUCUAGUCGAGCGCCUGCUGCUCUCUGUCGGAACUCAAUUGUGUGCAGGUGUUACAACAGUGCAGUAUUGCAGGAGCUGUGUUUGCUGAGCUCCACACCACACCAGGCGUUAUAUAUAUGUGUGUGUGUGUGUGUGUAUGUGUGUGUUCUGAAUAGUGUCUGGAUAUCACUACAGGUAUGAGAGUUACCUACUUUCAUGUUUAAGUUGCAAAGCAGUUGAUGACCAAUGUUUGUCUUGUGUGUGUUUGUGUGUUGCCUGUCUUACAAGACUUAAUUUUGCAAAUGUGACUAUGUUUGUAGCUUCUGUGUGUGUGUGUGUGUGUGUGUGUGUGUGUGUGUGUGUGUGUGUGUGUGUGUGGAAACUUAGCAAAGGCUGCUCAGCAAAUAGUGCCUGUAGCCAGUAACUCUUAAAUAAGCUAAUUAUAUAAUGAUAAUAAUGAUCACGCAAGUGCCGCAUCUUUUCCUGUGCAAGUUAUUUUCUAUCGAGUAGAUUUCAGAUCAUGGUAAUUAAGCUUUGGAAGUCCUACAUACAUGUCAUGAAUGUCUCAUAUUGGGAGGAUUUAUACUUUGAUUUUCUGCAAGAGCUUUGAGAGGGUGCUACUUGUAUCAUACACUGAGCUUCUUGAUUUAACCUUUUUUUUUUUUUUUUUUUUUUUUUUUCCGCCACAGCUGAUGUACGGAGGAGGAGGAGAAAGUUUCAUUCCAUCAUGUCUAUUGUAGUUUCUUUCCUCAAUCCUGCACUGAGCAGUAGAAACGGACAUGAAUAUCUUUUUGAUUGUUUGGUACCACCACAGAUUUGGGCUGUUAUCUGUCUGUAGGUGGACACUCAAGCUGUAUUCUAUUGUGGAAGGCAAAUACUGCAUUGAAAAAUACACCAAGAUAAACAACAAUGCUUUGCAAGUCAGGUCUAUUGCAGAAUAUUAUGAGGACAAGUCUUUCAUCAAGGUGUUUUAAUUUUUAUUUUUCAAUUUCUUUUCUCUCCAAGAAAUGUUUAAUUGACACAAGGUAUACUACAGCCAGUAUUUAAUUGAUACUGCAGCCUGCAUUAUAUAGUGAGGUGAGGAGGAGGAGGUGGAGGUGGUGUGCUGCUGGGAAUGAUGCAUAGGAAGUUUGUUUUGUUUAUCUUCCUGGCAGAGGCUCAAAACAGACUGCAGAGAUUGGCUAUGAUGAAGCUCAUCUGAGUGGCAGAUGUUCCUCAUUAUUCAGGCUCGUGCAGGCCUCAAGACAGGUAGUGUGCUCACUGUUAUUUUCAUUACAGCUGUAUAUUGAUUGUAAAUAUGGAUAUAUUACAUAUCUUCAGUUUGACAGAAAAAAAAAAAGUAUAAUUGGCAUUAUCAGUCAACAGUGUUGCCAAGGUAUUCAGAGAACCAAAGAUUUGAUUUCUGUGUCUAUUCAAGUAAUAUUUCAGAUAUUUUAUUGAAUCUAUGUUAGCUAUCUAAAUGGACAAAAGUGUAUAGCUUAUAAGUAUAUUCCUUUAUAAAUAAAUUAUCGAAGAUU